AUGUCAUCAUCUUUAUCUGGACAUGAUGAUGAUGGAAUGGAUCGUGCCAUGAAUUUGACCAUCUCAACCUCUCCAAGUGGUCAACAAGAAAUUCCAAAACUCAUAGUUCCAUCCUCCUCUUCCUCCUCUUUAUCAUUGAAUAUCAUCACCAACACGACAAAGAACAUUCCAUCAUCCCAUUCACCAGUGACACCCACUUCCAACAACAACACUCUCGGAUCCAAUCACACGAGACAUCGAAGACUACCCAGUAGUUUUCUUCUUCCCUCAACAACGACAACAACAACAACAACACCGACCACACCAACAACGUCGACUCCAUCCUCUACUACCUCCCAUCACACCUCCCCCUUUGAUCAUCAUCAUCAUUCAACAACGAGUACUUCUUCCAUCAGCAAUAAUAAACACAAUAAAAACACCAACACCAACACUCUAGGCUCAUCAAGGGUGAAUACACCACCCCAACAAGAACAGCCUUCCUCUCUGACCCCAACAAGAACACCACCACCUCCAAACAUUAACACUCUACCACCAUUCAAUGCAUUAUUCAACAGCACAGAGCCAUCAUCAUCUUCGGAACAAGAAGAACCCUUUCGAAGAAUUCAAUCAUCACUUCCUCCUCUUCACUUAUUAUCAUCAUCAGCUCCAUCAAACAUGAUGUUAGGCUCAGUUGGUGAGCCUACUACUGCUACUACUAUUACUACUACUACUACUAAUCAUCAUACCACCUCUACUACAAUGAAUAUUACUGCAACAAACAAUGGUCAAGGCUCAUCUUCCUCUCAUCCAAAUUCUCGUCAUUCCUAUUCCAAUUCCAAUUCUGCAGCAGCUGCAUCUACCUCCUUCUCCAAUAAUGUUGAAUACUACCAUCCUCAUAUGGCCAUGUUCAUUAAACGUAAAUUUGAUGAAGAUGAAGAAUAUCUCAUAUAUUCCUAUCCUAAUGAAAUUACUUCUCCGAAUAUUCAUAUUCGAUCUUUGAAAGAAUUGAGAGGAACUCUACACUCUGUAUUCGGAGAAUGUAAUGAUAUAUUGAAUGAAGAAGUGAGAUUUUGCUAUUUGACUCCCACUGGAAGAAGUGUGAGUGGUCAUAGUAAUGGUGGUAAUGGUAUUUAUGCAAACAGUCCUGCUUUUACAUGGGCAGGUAUGGACUCCAACAGUAGUGCUCUCAUUCAUGGAUCUUCAGGAGCUGGAGGUGGUCAUACUUCUUCUCCUCUCUUGGGUGCUUCAACACUUCCUGCAUCGACAAGUCCACUCUCAGGAUUACUCUCAGGAUCAUCACCUCAUCAUCAUCCUCACUCGUCGUCGCAUUCAUCUGUACCACCACAGCCACAACAACCACAAUCACUACCACCACCACCCUCCUCUUCUUCAGUACCAUCUUCCAGUGGUGGCGGUGGCGGUGGUGGUGGCCUGCUAGAGAGUCAUUUAAUGGCAGCCUCUUCACAACCCAAUGAAACGAAUUUAUUGGAACAACCUUCACCUCCCAAAGCAUCUCUUCUUGAAUUUUUACAAGAAUCAAGAAUGAAUCCAUCUCUAGUGUCAUCACCUCCUAUCGGUGAAAAUACCAACUCGAAUAUUAUUUAUUUGAGAGAAACUAUUGAAAAAAACAAGAGACCUCUCAUUGUUACCUAUAAGGUUCUUAAACAGUAUAUAUUUUUAUUAUAUUUACCAAUACCUUCUGAUUAUAGUUAUGGAAAUGUCAUGAAAUUGGUUUAUGAACAAUAUGUGAAUGAAUUAUUUGAAUUUUUAGAUUUUAUUUAUCAAGACGUUGAAGAGAUUAUUUCAAACAUUUCAGAUUAUCAAUCUCAAUUAGAUACUAUAUUUAAUAGAUUUUUUGAAAUGGUAUUCCAUGAUCGAGAUUUCAGUUUUGUUAAUAGUUUUCAGGAUGGAUUUGUGAAAUUUCAACCAUCGUUUCACAUUACUCAAACCAUCGAUGCUGAAUUGUCGAAUUUAGAAACAAUUAUGAAAGAAGAUUGUUUUAAUAUUGGAACAUGUUUAAUCUAUAAGGGUUUAUUACAAUUAUCUCAUCUUCCAAAGAAUAUUACAAAACAAGUGAUUAGAUAUUUGACUCACUUUAAUAUUAUUCAUCGAGCUCAAGAUUCACCAGAAAUGGUAAUUAUUGAAAAAGUUUUUAUUAAGGAACAAGUGAACCCAUUUGGAUUACUCUCUGUGAAUGACUCAGUAUCGACUCAUGACAAUGGAUAUGACUAUUUAUUGUCAGUUAUUACUCAAGGCGAAAAGUUAAUGUGUAGCGUUUUAUAUGCAAAGAGAUAUCCUCAAUCGUAUUACGAAGGUGAUUUGUAUUAUGUGGAUGAAAUGAGAACAUGUUUACUUCAAUUAGAAAAGAAAGGUAUAUUCAGUCAAAUUAGAAGUCAAUUCAAGACCUCUCAUUCUCUCGCAAAUGUACUAUCUAUUCCUACUGUAUCUAUUACGAACAAUUCUGAUUCUCAAAGAGAAGGUGGUGGAGGUGGUUCUAUGAAUGACUCUUCAAGUGGUGGCAGUAGUGGUAGUAGUGGUAGCGUCAGUAGUAACAACAGUGGUGCUCAUUCGUAUGACCCUUCUAAUUACGCCAAUUAUAACAUGAAGCAUUUUGUGACCCAAGGUCCAUAUAACGUGCUGCUUGGUUAUGUGGUACAUUCGAAUUCGAAUGGUCUGAUUUUAUUCCACAAUAGCCACAAUUCAUCCAUUGCAUCCGUCUUCUCGUUGAAAUGUCAGGUAAUCAGACAAGUUUUGCAUAGUAAGAGAAUGAUUGCCAAUGGUUCACAAGAUUUUGAUCAAAUUGUGGAGUUUGGUAUUCAUAUUGACCACAGAGUUCCUCUAGUUGGUACUAGUGUUGCACAAGUUGGAUAUUGGAUUUGUGGAAGAAUGAAUGACAAGCUGGAUGAGUUCUAUGUUUGUUAUGAAGAUUCUAUUCCACAAGAGGUGGUUGAGUUGUCUUAUAGAUUAUAUAGUCGUUUGUACAUCUAG